AUGGACGAGCUUCUUCCGGCGCUGGAGCGGGAACAAGCCAUCGACGUGUACACGAUCAACUUGGCCGGCAAGUCGAGCCUCGCCGAGCACAUGGUGUUCUGCACGGGUCGGUCGCGCGCCCACAUGCGCCGCAUGGCCGACAUGGUGAUCCUCUCGAUGAAGGCGCGGUCGAUGGAGGACGACUUUGGCUACGUCGUCGAGGGCCGCGACUGCGACGACUGGAUGAUCGCCGACAUCAACACGAUCGUCGUGCACUUCAUGACCGAAGAAACGCGCAAGAUGCUGCAGCUCGAGAAGCACUGGGAAAACAUGGUCAACGACAAGCACCGGCUCUACGGCCACCUCUCGGAGGACGAGUACAUGGACAAGUAUGGCAUGUCGGAGCUCAUGACGGACGACGACGUGCUGAACGAAGACGAUAUUGACCACAAUGUGUGGAAGUAA